AUGGCGUCUCAACCGAACCCGCCAUCCGUCCUGAGAGAGUUCUGCCCGCUGUAUUACCUGCUGAACGCCAUUCCAGCUAAGGUAGAGAACUGUCCACAUCGGACCAGAACCAGAACCAGAACCAAGAUACUGAACAGUCUGAGGAAAAACUCAGAACUUUAGAGAAGUCUAAACGGUUCCAAAACUCAGAAACUAAGACGCCUGAGGAACCAAACUCAGGAUGUAGUUGACGAUGAUGAUGAUGAUGAUGAAGGCUCCUCCUCCUCCUCCUCUUCUCUCUCCCUGCAGGUCCAGCGGGGCUUCAGGUCGGUCCUGGUCUACCUGACGGCUCUGGACAGCAGCAGUGACUUCUUGGCGGUGGGCAGCAGCAUCGGUAUGCUCUACCUGUACUGUCGCCGCCUCGCUCACAUGAACAAGUACAGCCUGGAGGUCAGAGCGCGGCGCCGCCCAUUCUUCUUCUUCUGUGGUGCUCAGUUUGUUUUCAGUGGAGCUGUCACUGUGUAUUCAAAACUCUGUGUGUGUGUGUGUGUGUGUGUGUGUGUGUGUGUGUGUGUGUUACAGGGGAAGAGUGACGCCAUCACUGCUGUGAAGCUGCUCAGCUGUUUUGAUGACCUGGUUGCCGUGGGAACAGCUUCAGGUCGUGUUGCAGUCUUCCAGCUGGUGUCUCCUCUUCCUGGACGAAACAAACAGGUGAGCAGCUCAACAGGUGUGUCUGAUAAAGGGACACACACACACACACACACACACACACACACACACACACACACACACACACACACCUGUCCCUCUUUCUCUCUCUCUCUCUCUCUCCCUCUUUCUCUCUCACCCGACCGUCUCUCUCUCCCUCUCUGUAGCUGAGGCGUUUCGACGUGGUCGGCCUCCAUAAAGGCUCAGUGACGUCAUUGGCGUGGAGCACGAACGGGAUGAAACUGUUCUCAGGAGACGAUAAAGGACGGGUGGUGUUCUCAUCUCUGGACCUGGACCAGGUGAGACCAGGGUCACUAACCUCUUUCAUUUGUUGAUCCUGAAGAACCAAAGACGCCGUUUGGACCUGAAAACCAACUCAUGUGUGUGUGUGUGUGUGUGUGUGUUCUCAGGGUGUGUGUAAACCCGUCCUACUGCUGGAGGAGUCCUCAGGUGUGGUCCAGAUGGAGUACAGUCACCAGGUGCUGCUGGUCUCCACCCAGCACAGAUCUCUGCUGUUCUGCACUCAGACUCAGGAGGUCACACAGCUGGGCGCCAAACCACGGAAGAGGUAGAUACCUGAGAGUUCAGGGACAGGUGGGAGCAGAGGUGGGCUCUGUGGUCCUCAGUGUGUGUGAGACAGAGCUGGUCUCAGUAGCUCUGAUGGGGGCGUGUCGGCGAGUGUUUAUCCUGUUUACUGACUGAUGUUGUGUCUUUGUUGUUGUUUGUUUCCUGCAGCAGCGGCAGGUUCGGAGCCUGCUUCCUGCCGGCUCUCUGCAAACAGAGCGACCUCCAGGUGUUUGCUGCUCGGCCCGGACUCAGACUGUGGAGGUCUGAUGUUAAGGGACAGGUGGAGGACACCCGGCUGCUCAAACCACUCUUUAACGCGCAGGUACACUGGGAGGACUGGGAAAACAGUGUUAGAGGAACGACCACAGCAGCUGUGGGUCAAAUGAAGUCUUCUGACUCUGGUUUUAGUUUGUUAAAACUCUGAGGAGGUUCGAACCGUUCUUUUUAGAACGUGGUUGUUGGUCUGAGUUGUGUUCACUUUGGACUAUAACAGGAAAAAGGCACAAAAUGCUGAGAAACGUGAAUGUAAGUCCACACACAUGAAGCAGCUGGAGGAGCAGGACGGUCCACGGUAAAGGUGUGUCGGAGUAAUCCCAGGAUGAGACUCCAGGCUGCGCUCAACGACUUCUUUACUAAAGUCACGAUAAUCUGCCGAAAGAGCAAAAUAGAGAUCCAUCCGCUUAAACAGAAGCAUCCUGCUAUCUUCUCAGAGUCUUCUCUGAGAGCUGGGGUCUAAACGUGACUGCUGUAUUUACUAAUCUGUCAUUUAUAAACAGAAAUCAGAAUUUGGAGCAGGGCAACAGUGGAGGAGGCCCCAGGAGUGCUGGAGUAUGACUGUAAAAAGACCCCUGAGCUCUCAGAGGGAGGAGUUCUGGAAUGUUGAGGGUUCCGGAAUGCUUUGAUGUGUCAUAAAGGGAGACGGUCAUUGAUGUGUCAUUGAAGUGAAGGUGUUUGAAGACGAUGACAUCACUCAGUGUUUUUUCUAACAUGAACAGAGACUCCGCCUCUGUCAGGAGAACGAUAGAGAACCUCUCUGAGCUUUAGUUCUCUCACUGCUCUGAAUCUGACAGUCUUCAAAUGUUCGUUCGUCUCUUUCCUCCAUGAAAACUCUUCUUAGUCAGAUACUAACUGUUUUCUUUUUCCGUCUGUCUGAACGCCUCACUCCUCAGAUUCCUCAGUUCGAGCUGUUCCCCCGUCCUGGUCCAAUCGGAGCGUACCGUCCAUCAGACAGACAGCUGGGUCUGCUCAGCUGUUUCCUCAGAGAGGGCUGGAUCCUCAGCUGGAACGAGUACAGCCUCUACGUCCUGGACUGUCUGAACGAGGUCUGAACAAAAAACUAAACUACCUUCAUAAUGAGAACAGUCGACGCACCGGGACUGUCUCUACGUGAUAGUUACCCCCCGACCUCCACCUUCAUCCUGAUCGUCUCCUAAAAGGUCGUAUCCUCCGAUCGUAGCUGAUCGUAACCAUUCAAGUUAACGUGUCAAUUUACACCGACUUCUUUCCGUUCCUCUGAGGAUCAAUAUUUAACUCUCUUUUGGAAAGGACAACUGGACUUACUUGGGAAGUUUCACCUCAGGCGAAACGUCCCAAGUAAGUCCAGUUGUCUUCAACAAAGAACUGGAAAUCAUAGAUGCUGCAUCCUCAGUUUUAAACAACAUCUCAAGGUUUACCCUCAAUCUCCACCUUCAUCCUGAUCGUCUCCUAAAAGGUCGUAUCCUCCGAUCGUAACCAUUCAAGUUAACGUGUCAAUUUACACCGGGUUCCUGUGAGUUCUUGUGAUUCCUGCUGUCUGUAAUCCACCACAAAAUUCGCCUCACAAACAGAUCUGGUACGAAUUGGCGUACGCAGAAAUCGCCGCCGUUCUGGAUGCGGUGGAAAUUGGGGGUGGUGCUCAUUUUAUUCUUCUUCAAUAAGUAUCUGGACCGUGUCUGGAUCCGUCCCGUCCUCUUCUCCUGUAACCACUAAAACCCAGAGAUGGUGUAAACGCUUCAGUGACUCUGUGAACAUCAGGACAACGUCCCAAAGACAGAAUAAAGAGAACUGUCUCACAGCUGGACAGGUUUCAGAGUCUCUGACGUCUCAUGUCCUCUGUCCUCUGUUUCCUGUUCUCAGGUGAUCAUCGGAGCUCUGGACAGCAGCGGGGACAUCGUGUCUGUGUCGUGUUGUGACAAUGAGAUCUUCAUCCUGAAAGGAGACAGAGACAUCAUCCGUCUGUCCAACAGUCCUGAGGGUCUGGCGUCCAACCGUGAGUCCUCAGACAGGUGUAGACUGUAGCAGACCGUCUGUCCUCCAGACCCAUCAUCAGUCUGUCUCUGUCUCUCUGUCCUCAGUGUCUGAGCUCUCCAUCCGCCUGACCUCACCUUUGACCACGCCCACCUUCCUGCCGCCAACCGGAUCGGUGGAAACAGCUCAGCCGAUCAGAACCAUGGCAAUCAUCGUGGAGGGAGGAGGGAGGGAGGAGGGAGGAGGAGGAGGAGGAUGGGAGAGGCAGAGUGAGGAGGGCGAGCGAGAGGAGGAGGAGGAGGGAGCAGAGGAAGUGGAGGAGGCGGAGGAGCAGCUGGAGGUGAUUGACAGCUGAUCGACACCAAAGCUGACAGGUGUCAAUCACCUGUGGCGCUCUGUGUCAUGUGACCUGUCCUGUGAUUCCAGGUGGAGCAGCCGGGUCAAAGGUCAGGUCUGCUCACCAGCAGCUCUCGCAGCCGGAGCAGCUCAGUCACUUCGUGGGACAGUCUCCAUGGAAACGCUCCUGUGACCGCUUCCUGCGAGCAGAGCUCCAGACGCUACAGCGCCCCCAUGGGUCAGGGGGAGAUGCAGCAGGAGCUGGUGGUGAAGGCCAUCCGAGUGAAGAAGAGGAGGAGGAGACGACAAGGCAAGUGGAGGGAGAGAGAGAGAGAGAGAGAGAGAGAGAGAGAGAGAGAGAGAGAGAGAGAGAGAGAGAGGGAGAGGGAGAGAGAGAGAGAGAGAGAGAGAGAGAGAGAGAGAGAGAGAGAGAGAGAGAGAGAGAGAGAGGGAGAGGGAGAGAGAGAGAGAGAGAGAGAGAGAGAGAGAGAGAGAGAGAGAGAGAGAGAGAGAGAGAGAGAGAGAGAGAGAGAGAGAGAGAGAGAGAGAGAGAGAGAGAGAGAGAGAGAGAGAGAGAGAGAGAGAGAGAGAGAGAGAGAGAGAGAGAGAGAGAGAGAGAGAGAGAGAGAGAGAGAGAGGGAGAGAGAGAGAGAGAGAGAGAGAGAGAGAGAGAGAGAGAGAGAGAGAGAGAGAGAGAGAGAGAGAGAGAGAGAGAGAGAGAGAGAGAGAGAGAGAGAGAGAGAGAGAGAGAGAGAGAGAGAGAGAGAGAGAGAGAGAGAGAGAGAGAGAGAGAGAGAGAGAGAGAGAGAGAGAGAGAGAGAGAGAGAGAGAGAGAGACAGAGAGAGAGAGAGAGAGAGAGAGAGAGAGAGAGAGAGAGAGAGAGAGAGAGAGACAGAGAGAGAGACAGAGAGAGAGAGACAGAGAGAGAGAGAGAGAGAGAGAGAGACAGAGAGAGAGAGAGAGACAGAGAGAGACAGAGAGAGAGAGAGAGAGAGAGAGAGAGAGAGAGAGAGAGAGAGAGAGAGAGAGAGAGAGACAGCCGUCUGUCCUCUGUCUCAUCGUUGUUGGAUGUCUCUGUGUCUCCGUCCUCAGACAGCAGCAGUGGGAACCGUCUCUCGGAGAGCAGCCUGUCAGACUCCAUGUUUGUAGUCCAGGACAGCAGCUGCAGUGACGGAGGAAGUGGGACUCCUCUGAGCGACAGAGCCUCCUUCGUUGGUCUGGAUCUUCAGAACCAGGACUCUCCAGAAUCCACCCAGGACUCACAGGAGGCUGGAGGAGUGGACGCAGGUGGAGAGUCCACCUGCAAACAGUCCAGGUGAGGGACUGAAGACGUUGUCCUCUUGUUCUCCUGUUGACCCUGGACAUGGUCUCAUUCUGUCUCUGUCCCAUCUCCUCAUAGUUCGUCCUUCUUCUGUCCACCUGUCCUCUCAUUUCUCACUGUAACUGUCCAAUAACCGACCCGAGGACUCUUUGACCUCUGUGACCUCUUUCUGUCCUCGUCCCAGCCCCCUCUUCCCUCCGGACUCCCUGCUGCUCCAGGGUCUGGAGGAACAGUUGAACCCGGGAAAGGUCCCCGGUCCCGGGGCUGAGGGAGAGAUUGUCCCCCCGACCCCGGACGUGGACCUGUUGCUGGAGUGCACUUUCUCCUACAUGCAAAACACUGAGGAGGAGGACGUCCAGGAGUAUCAGCCAAUGGAGGUGCAGGAGGACGAGUUCCUGAGCCCUCUGAUUGGACCAGAGGACGAGGACGAAGAGGUGAGGGGGAAGGUUGUUUAUUGUCUUUCUAAGAUUUAUUUAAAUUAAAAGGACAAAAAAAUCAAGUUUUUCCCGUGUCCAUGUGAAGGACGAUGACCUAGCGCCCCCUGCUGGUGUGGGGGAUCAGAUGUUUUACUCUACUGUCUCCAACCUGGACAAAAAACCCAGCAUGUCCAGUGAUGAGGAAGGAGACAUCUACUGUCCACCUCUACCACCUACCGGAGACAACGUCACCUGUCCGUCCAAUCAGACGGAGAAGACAGCAGACAAACCGACCGACCAGGACGCUCAGGACAGAGACACACACAAACCCGACCAGGUGAGACAGAGACACACACAUGUCCAGGUGAGACAGACAGCAGGUAACCGUGUCUUUGUCUCUGUAGUUGGCGGAGAGCUGGAUGGGAUACUCAGGACCAGGAUGUGGAAUUCUGAGUCUGCAGGUGACGGACAGGUGAGUGGGCUGACAGCUGUCCUCAGGUGUCUCUCAGGUGUCUCUCAGGUGUCUCUCAGCUGUCCUCAGGUGUCUCUCAGGUGUCUCUCAGCUGUCCUCAGGUGUCUCUCAGGUGUCUCUCAGGUGUGUAACAUGUGACCCGUGUGUUUCAGGCAUGUGUGGUGUCUGGACUUUAAAGGGGGACUCUUCUGCAGCGUCUUACCCGACACUGGACUCAACUGGCAGCGUUAUGAAGACAACAUCCACCAGAUGGCGCUGUCACCCACAGGUGAGCUGCAGACGUCACACCUGAUGGAUCCUGUAGUCAGAAUGUCCCGCGUUUUUACCCGAUUUUAAAGAGGAGUGAACGUUGAAGUGACCUUUAGCCCACCUGUACGGCGUCCUGAUGCUGACUGUCACUCACUCGGACAGGUAACCUGCUGUGGAAGGUGGAGCAGAAGAGCAUGACGGCGUUCGCUUGUGCUAAAGUGUCUGUGAAAGGAAAACGCCACUGGUACAAGGCGGUGGAGCAGACGGCCUUCGUGGCUCUGAGUGACGACUCUGCCUGGAUCAUCAGGACUAACGGAGACCUCUUCCUGCAGACAGGUAACAACCCACCUGUCUGACUCCUCCCCCUUAGGAGCAGGAGAAAACCACCUCCUCCUCCUCCUCCUCCUCCUGCUGCCUCUGAUUUAUUCAUUCAAAUCUGAGCCUGAAGAGAGAACAGGGGAAGAGGUUUCAUAUAUGCUGUAAUGUCUGUGUAUGACCACCAGGGGGAGCUGUGCUGCUGUUUAUUUACACUGAACCUUCAGCUGAGUUUGAUCUGCAGGUUCAGAGUCACAGCAGAGUUUUUAAACCUGUGAUAUAAAAGUUAAAGUGAGGAGAGUCAGAAAAAUAACCUGUGUGUGUGUGUGUGUGUGUGUGUGUGUGUGUGUGUGUGUGUCAGGUCUGAGCGUGGAGCGGCCCUGCGCUCGCUCCGUGAAGGUGGACUCGCCGUGCGUGUUCAGCCAGGUGUGUGUGCGAGGGGGCGUGGUCUGGGCUCUGAGCGAACACAAAGCUCUGUUCUACAGAGAGGGACUGAACAGCUACUGCACCGAGGGCGAGGGCUGGAAGUACGACACCGUCAGGUACUGCACUACUACUACUACUACUACUACUACUACUACUACUACUACUACAACACUACUACUACUACUACUACUACUACUACUACUACUACUACAACACUACUACUACUACUACUACUACUACUACUACUACAACACUACUACUACUACUACUACUACUACUACUACUACUACAACACUACUACUACUACUACUACUACUACUACUACUACUACUACUACUACAACACUACUACUACUACUACUACUACUACUACUACUACUACUACAACACUACUACUACUACUACUACUACUACAACACUAGUACUACUACUACUACUACUACUACUACUACUACAACACUACUACUACUACUACUACUACAACACUACUACUGCUGCUGCUGCUGCUGCUACUACUGCAACACUGCUGCUGCUGCUGCUGCUGCUGCAACACUGCUGCUGCUGCUGCUGCUGCUGCUGCUGCUGCUGCUGCAACACUGCUGCUGCAACACUGCUGCUGCUGCUGCUGCUGCUGCUGCUGCUGCUGCUGCAACACUACUGCUGCUGCUGCUGCUGCUGCAACACACUGCUGCUGCUGCUGCUGCUGCAACACACUGCUGCUGCUGCUGCUGCUGCUGCUGCUGCAACACUGCUGCUGCUGCUGCUGCUGCUGCUGCAACACUACUGCUGCUGCUGCUGCUGCUGCUGCUGCUGCAACACUGCUGCUGCUGCUGCUGCUGCUGCUGCUGCUGCUGCUGCUACAACACUGCUGCUGCUGCUGCUGCUGCUGCUACUACAACACUGCUACUACUACUACUACUACUACUACUACUACUACUACUACAACACUACUACUACUACUACUACUACAACACUACUACUACUACUACUACUACUACUACUACUACAACACUACUACUACUACUACUACUACUACAACACUACUACUACUACUACUACUACUACUACUACUACUACUACAACACUACUACUACAACACUACUACUACUACUACUACUACUACUACUACUACAACACUACUACUACUACUACUACUACUACAACACUACUACUACUACUACUACUACUACAACAACACUACUACUACUACUACUACUACUACUACUACAACACUACUACUACUACUACUACUACUACUACUACUACUACUACUACAACUACUACUACUACUACUACUACUACUACUACUACAACACUACUACUACUACUACUACUACUACUACAACACUACUACUACUACUACUACUACUACUACUACUACUACAACACUACUACAUGAUGCAGACUCGACUGUCACAAACGAGGGAGGGAGAGCAGCAGUCAGAGAGGGAUUUGAAGGAUCGUAGCGGCUUCGUUGCUUACCGAAGUCGUACUUACACAUUUUGACAGAUUAUUGAGCGCAUUGUACAACAUAAAAUCGUUCAGUAAGCACAUACAGAAGGCACAUCAGAUUGUAAGGCGCAUUAAGCAAAACAACAAAAACAACACAGUCCGGUAAAUCAAACUUUAUUAAACUCAGUUGUAAAAACAAAUACUGGUACAGAAAAAUACGAUCACUUAUUGAUUCAUUCUUCUUCCUCAAAUCCAUCGAAUUCUUCGUCUUCAGUAUCGGAGUUAAACAGCUGUGCGAUUGAACUUGAAUCUGCGGGUUCUUGCCAGUUCUCGUGAUUCCCGCUGUUCAUAAUCCGCCAUGAAAUUUGCCUCACAAACGGAUCUGGCAGGAAUUGGCAGACGGCGAAGUACGUCGCCAUUCCAGAUGUGGUGGAAAUCCUGUGUUACAAAUUUCGACAGAUUUUUGAGCUCAUUGAACAUCUUUAGAUCGGUCAGUAAUAAGAAGUAAUAAUCAAUAAGGCGUGCUGUUGAUUUUAGAGAAUAUUGAAGGAUUUGAAGUUUGUCUUAUAGUCCAAAAAAUACGGUAUUUGAAACUGAUGAUGCAGCAUCUAUGAUUUCUAAUUCUUCGUUUCUGUGUGUGUGUGUGCGUGUGUGUGUGUGUGUGCGUGUGUGUGUGUGGUGCGUGCGUGCGUGCGUGUGUGUGUGUGUGUGUCACAGUGAGGCUCAGGGUCUGGAGUUGAUGUGUGUUGCUCUGGGUGACGGGGGUACCGCCUGGGCGCUGGAUGCCAGCGGCAGCCUCUGGUUCCGGACGGGGAUCUGCUCGUCCAGACCUCAGGGCGAGGACGACCACUGGUGGCAGGUAGGCGGGUCUACAGCCGGUCCUGGUCCGACGUGGGUUCAUUUCAGCAGGUCUACAGACCGUCCGUCUCUGUCUCCAUCAGAUCAGUAUCUCGGACUACGUGGUCUUCGAUCAGGGAAGUCUGUUCCAGACCCUGCUGCAGGCCACUCAGAGUGUUGCCACGGUUACCAGGGCGCCAGUGGAGCGGGUGGUGGCCUUCCUGUCCCAGUACUCACAGUGCCAGCCCAGCCUGGUCAGCGCCAACGCUAGUGGGGUCUGGGUCGCCUCGGGACGGAACCAGCUGCACCUGGCCCGCGGCAGCCUUGUGGGUCAGUAGAGUCCUUCAGAGUCCUUCAGAGUCCUUCAGAGUCCUUCAGAGUUCAGGUCUCCUGUUGUUGACCCCCCAGCUGUUGUCUGUUUUUGGUUCUUACAGGAACUUUCUGGCAGAACGUGGUUCCCAGAGGAACGGUGUCGGCCACCAGGUGGACCUUCAUCACGUCUUCAGCUGUCCCUCACAGAGAAGGUAACGCCUGUCCAACAAGUCCCCAGUCCUCUUUAACCAGUCCUAAACCCGGUCCUGUAAUAGUCCCGCCCUGACGGUCACAUGUCUGCAGGUACCUUCCUGUGGUUGGCUCAGAGCAGGAAGGAUCUCUUCUGUGUUUGGGACCAGGACGGCGAGCUCCGCCCCUCCUCCGUCCCCCUCCCGCCUGAGGUAAGACCCCCUGAAGUCCCCUGACUUUGACCCUCUCUCUGACCCCCAUAGUGAUGUCACACUCUCAUCUACCUGUGCGCUCAGGUGGAGCUGACCCACCUGUCGGCCUGUCGGGACGCUCUGUGGGGUCUGGACACUCACGGCAGAGUCUGUAUCCGGACUCUGUCCCCGUCCUGUCCUGCUGGACUUCACUGGACCCCCCUGGACCUCAGUCAGCUCGGUAGGUACCUGAGACCCUGAGACCCUGAGACCCUGGACACUCAGAGUCGGCGGGUCGAGGGGAAACCUUAGAGCGCAGCCGCAGACAUCAGAACCAAUCACUGAUGAUCUGUCAGAAUCAGAACCGAUUAUUGAUCGGUCAGAUUUUAAAGGCUCCUCCCCUUUAAUAACUUCUGUUUGUUUUGGAGUCUCUGCUCAGAUUCCUGCUCCCUGAUUGGUCGUAAAGUCAGUGUGUGUGUGUGUGUGUGUUUUGGUGGGUGUCACUCACGUACACACACACACACACACACACACACACACACACAGACUCGGUCAGCUGUGUUUCUUCAUCACACUGACAGGUGGAGGUUGUGUAACAGGUCAACAUGAAGAGAGUGUGUGUGUGUGUGUGUGUGUGUGUGUGUGUGUGUGUGUGUGUGUGUGUGUGUGUGUGCGUCACACUGUAACCUGACUGGUGGGUCAGAUCUGUUUUUAGUCCCUCUGCCCUUCUCGUUAUCAGACCGCAUGACCGUCUGUCCCCCUAACGCCGGACUCUGUGAGUCUCUGAAGCUCCUCCACACGGUUCUGGUUCUGGUUUUCUGGGUUGGACAGGCAGGAGUAAUCAAACCUGAAGAACGGUCCGGAGGUUUCAUUGAUUGAUUGAUUAAGUCUUAUGAUUGAUAAAACCGUGGACCAUGGUUCUGUCGUCUGCACCAUCAUACACAAUCUAAUACACAACAUGAUACACAAAAAAACACAACAUAGUACACAAUGUUACACACAAAAAUACACACUAAUACACAACAUAAUACUCACUAUCAAACACAAAGUAUUACACAACAUAGUACACACCAUCAUACACACUCUCAUACACAAAAAUACACAACAUGAUACACACUAUCAUAUACAUUAAAUACAAAACAUAAAAAAUACACAACAUAUACACAAAAAUACACAAACGUAUACACAAAAAUACACAACAUGAUACACACUAUUAUACACAACAUAAUAAACAAAAAUACACAAUAUAAUACACACCAUCAUGACAAAAACACACACUCUAAUCUUGCGUGGAUCUUGCGGGUCAAAGAUGACGGACAGCUGCAGCAGCUCUUCAUGAGGCCUUGGAAGGUCAGAGGUCAUCAGGACAGUCUGUCAGUCAUAUGAAGUAUGAGGUCGUUUCCGUAGAAACAGGCUGACCUGGAAUCUGCUCUGAAACCGGAUGUGGUCACAUGAUCCCGUGGUCACGUUCCACCUGAGACCCGGUCCUGUUUUUGUUGUGACCCGACGACUCGUCCAUCAGGACGGUCUGAGGUCGAGCCCCUCCCCCUCCUGAGGUCAGCGCUCCAUGAGGAGGAGGAGUCAGGUGUGCUCAGGUGUCACCUGUGUGUUGUUGCAGGCGGCGUGCGUCUGGUCAGUGUGAGCUGCGGCAGUCAGAACGUCUGGGCCGUGGACAGUCGGGGGGUCGUCUACUUCAGGGUCGGGACUCAGGCCCUGAACCCGAGCAUGAUGCUGCCCGCGUGGAUCCAGAUAGACCCACCUGCACAGGUAAGAGACACGGAACCUGUAAGUGUGUGUGUGUGUGUGUGUGUGCGCACAGUCCAGGUAAUAGUGACAUCAUGUCUCUGCAGCCAAUAGGAGUGCAGCUGGUCAGCAUCCAGACCAGUCCAAACGAUCGUCUCCUCUGGGCGCUCGACAACAGAGGGAGUGUCUUCGUCAGGACGGGACUGAGCGACGAGAUGCCGGUGGGGACGGACUGGGAGCUGGUACCAGGUACACACACCUGUACACACACCUAUACACACACCUGUACACACACCUAUAUACACACCUGUACACACACCUGUACACACACCUAUACACACACCUGUACACACACCUGUACACACACCUAUAUACACACCUGUACACACACCUGUACACACACCUAUACACACACCUAAACACACACCUGUACACACACCUGUACACACACCUGUACACACACCUAAACACACACCUGUACACACACCUGUACACACACCUAAACACACACCUGUACACACACCUAAACACACACCUGUACACACACCUGUACACACACCUAUACACACACCUGUACACACCUGUACACACACCUGUACACACAGCUGUACACCUGUCUAUUCUGUGUAUCAUGGUGUGUACUAAGUUGUGUAUUUGUGUGUCCCUCAGGCCUGGCCGUCAGUCAGCUGGUCUUGAGUUCUCGGACAGUCUGGGUUCGGUGCGUAAACGGCGAUCUGGCGCGGCGAUACGGCGUCUCCGACAGGAACCCCGCUGGAGAUUACUGGAAGAAAAUCCCCGGGAGUGCGAACUGGUUUACAGGUCAGACUGGGUCCAUACUGGUCAGACUGGGUUACCUGUGCAGGUGGUUCCUCCUGGUCCAGAACAGGUCCAGAAUCACAGGUGUGCUCUCUCUCUCUCUCUUCAGUGACACCUGAGGACGAGUUGUGGGCGGUGACUCCGAUUGGUGGAUUGUCCCGUCGCCUGACCAAGCUCCUCCCCCAGGCUCCAUGUAGACCCGCCCCCUCAGGCCCCUCCCUCAGCGUGGACGACGUGGAGGACGAGUGGGAGCUGAUCUAA